CCUCAUCAGACGCUAACAGAAUCUCAUUUCCUCAUCCAUUCACCUUUCUCAUCUGCAGUCCCUCCAAGAGAGUUUUCCAAUCAACCCUAUCUGUUUAAAACCUGGUCCUUAUCAGAUUUAUUAUGAGUAUUGUCGAGACAUUUCACGGUUAUGUCGAGACGACCCAAGACACACUCCUUAUCUUUGAAGCGUGUCGUCGAGGCCUUCUGCCUCGCAUUUGUCGCCGCCUUCAGGAGAAAGAGCGCCGUAUAGUCCAGUCGGGAACCGUCUUUGUCUUUGAUGAGCGUGAAUCGGGUAUUAAACGUUGGACUGAUGGUCUUAUCUGGUCACCCUCGCGAAUCCUUGGGAACUUUCUAGAAGGAUACCCGCCUUCCGAGCGAGCCUCCCGCUCUAGUCCAAGUGACAUAGAGUCUGCGGUCGAAAAAAGCAAGGAACGCGCGCUUGUUGGAUCUCUAACGAAUUCUUAUCACUUCAAGAAAAACGGUUUGAUCAAGAAGACCAUGUCCAUCGUUGUCAAUGGUGUCCCUCAGCAUAUGAUCUCGUACUAUUCCAGGGAAGACGUUCUAGGAGGGAGACUUCGUACUCCUUCGUCUGUGCCCGAGUUGCAACCAUAUGAACUCCUUAACAAGCCUGGAUCAUCUGCUCAAAAUCAACACUCUAGGCCUGUUAGCGGGUCCUUUGAGCACACAGUCGGCCCAAAUAAUGAUUUCUCACCUGUUACCUUUGGCCACAAUAAUUUGAAUCUAAGAAUCGAGACAGAUAUUACAGAGAGAUUUUGGGCUUACAAUGGGAUAUCAGUCUCCAGUCCAACGAGCGGCGCUAAUACAUUUGGUGGCGCUCCCUCGGAUAUUAAUAAUAACCACUCUCAGAUGCCACAGCAGCCACAGCAUACACAUCAGCAGCAGCAGCAUCACCAGCACUAUCAAAAUACACAGCCACCGCCAAGUACGCAAGGCUGGAGUGACUUUAAUUACCCAUCUUAUUCUACAACGACUGCCCCUGCUAGCUUAGGACCCACUAUGGAUCAUCCCAGCCAGCAACGUGGUCCACGCAACGACUCUUCUUGAUAUACAAAACCACGUGG